AUGACUCUGACGAACUCCCUCGACGGCGAAGGCGGAAGCGAAGGCAAAGGCGUCGUCAAAGGAGACACAUUCCCAGCCCCAGCCCCAGCCUCAGCCUCGAGCGCAGCACCAGCACCAUCCCCAUCGCCGCCACGCAGCAACAAACUCACACUCCCCGAAGAAAUCACCUCCAGAGUGAUCAGCUACAUCGUGAGGGACGGACUGUGCAUCUCGACCGAUGCGCGUCACGACAUCGACGUGGCGACGAUCCGCUGUCUCAUGAGGACGAGCGUGUCGGUCAGACGCGAAACCCUGCGCCAGGUGUUCCGCCAGCCGCUGCGCUUCUGGCUCAGCGGCGUCAAAUCGUGCAAUUGCCAGCCACUACUGGAAAGCAUCGGGCACAAGGAGUGUCGCUGCACGCUGCUCCUGGAGAAGGUUGCGCGGAUGCCGCUGAUGAGGUGGCGCAGGGUCGUUGUGCAUUUCGUCCCGGUGGUGUCUGCGUGGGGGUUGGGUGAUGGGGCUGCCACCCUCCGAGGGGAUUCACAACAGACUGGUGAUGAUGGAGCAGGAGGAGGAGAGAAAGAAGCAAAAGAAAAAGAGGUAUCCGCUCGCAGCGAGUUCCUCGUCGGCGCGCAGCGCGUCAAGCACUACUCGCGAAGUCUCGCGACGACGCUCUACUUUGUGUUCAAACAGUGGGCCGGGCUGGACUGCGACGCCGCGUGUUGCGGAGCCAUCGAGAUGACGCGCCGCCGCUACUACGGUCCGCUCUACUGCUCGUACGACCCCAAACUGCCCGCCCUGCCAUUCGACGUCGACUUUGUGUUCGAACCAGGUCCCGUGUCCGUCACCGCCAACACCAACGGCGGUAGCGGAGACAGAGAGACCGAUCAUCCACCACAAAUGCCCCUGUGGACGAUGAACAUGGUCGAAAGCCUGCUAAUGCCGUGGUGGCGGAUCGCGGCCAAACGGGCUCCCGCGCGCCAGAUCCAGCUACCCGAGAUGAUCGCCGCGGCCUUCACCACGGCGCGGCGGGACCUCCUCGUCGCGGCCGGGUUCCCGCACGAGCCGGCCGCGGUGGCGGAGCACCUGCGGCGCGACUUUGCCGAGUUUUGGUCCUUCAAGCUCGAGCCGGUGCCCCGCUUGGACGUGGGCAGCCUGUGGCUUUGCGUCGUCGCCGUUGACGGCUCCCGCGACUGGUACCUGGACCCGGCGCCGCUGAAGACGGCGCCCACGAAAUGGACCAUUCGCGGCAUUCCUGUGCUUCGGAUCGAUGUGGUCUCGGGGUCCGGGUCAGAAGAGGGUGUGGACAGGGGCUCUGCCGGCGGCGACGGCGGGUGGUGGACAGGACGUUUCCUGGCUUCUGAUGGCUAA